AUGUGUCCUCGAGUGUCUGUAACGCGUGUAGAACAUUUUUCAGCUGCUCAUAGACUCUUUAACCCCAAACUCAGUAAAGAGGAGAAUGAGGACAUUUUUGGGAAAUGUGCAGGAGAAAAUGGCCACGGACAUAACUUUCAGUUGGAGGUGACUGUGUGUGGAGAAGUUGACCCUAUAACUGGAAUGGUUAUUAAUUUGAACACUCUGAAAAGAAUUAUCGACACCUUUGUUAUGACACCCCUUGAUCAUAAGAAUGUGGACAAGGAUGUGGAUUACUUUCGGGAUAACGGAGUGGUCAGUACAUCGGAGAAUAUUGUCGUCUUUAUUUGGAAGAGUCUUCGACCCCAUAUCGAUUUAAAAUUGGAUUUGGAAGUAAAACUGCAUGAGACUUGUAAAAAUAUAUUUACUUAUCGCGGUGAUUAA